AUGUUCGCCAAAAUCUUCACCGCUCUUCUCGUCGCUUCUGCCGUCGUUGCUGCUCCUAUCGAAACCGAGAUGGAGAAACGAGUAAACCACAAUGGACAAGCUACCUACUUCGAAGUUGGUCUUGGUGCCUGUGGAUGGUGGAACCAAAACUCCGACUACAUCGUCGCCCUUAACUCUGAAAUCUUUGAGAGAAACGGUGGUUCCAACUGCGGUCAAGGUAUUACCUUGACCAACACCGACAACGGUAAAACCAUCAAAGUUUCCGUCGCCGAUGAAUGCCCCACUUGUGACGGUGGAUCUCUCGAUCUUUCACCCUCCGCCUUCGCCGCUCUUACCGACGGUAACAUGGACCAAGGUGUCUUCCCCAUCUCUUGGCACUUCAACAAGAAGCACUAA